GCACCUAUUUAUAGGCCGGUGGCUUUCGCGGAAGUGAAGAAGGCGCUUUUGAAAAGAAGCGGACGAAAAGGAGAGAGUCGCGUCGAGGUGCUGCCGAUCUGGGAUCGGCGUCGGUGUUCCGGUCCGUGGCAGCGAGCGGGAGAUCUUUCUCUCCAGCCCUUUCAUUUCUGAAUCAAAAUGAAGAAGAAAGAUUCAAAGCCAGGGGAUAAAAGAUAUAGGCUUCUCCCUACGACCAUACUGGUUUUAAUUUUAUGUGGAUUUUCCUUCUAUCUUGGAGGCAUCUAUCGGUCGGAAAAGAACAUAAUUGUGAAGACGGAUGCAAGACCAUCAGCACAAUCCAGGAAAGAAACUGGAUUAGCUCCUCUUCAAGUGAAGUCUAUUGAGUUUCCUGAGUGUAGCAUUGAUUACCAAGAUUAUACCCCGUGCACUGACCCUAAGAGAUGGAGAAAGUAUGGAAACUAUAGGCUUAGCUUUAUGGAACGUCAUUGCCCACCAAUGACUGAGAGGAAAGAGUGCUUAGUUCCUCCUCCCAGUGGAUACAAACCACCUAUCAGAUGGCCAAAGAGCAAGGACCAAUGCUGGUAUAGAAAUGUUCCCUAUGAUUGGAUUAACAAUCAGAAGGCUAAUCAGCAUUGGCUUAGAAAAGAAGGCGAUAAGUUCUUCUUUCCAGGUGGAGGUACCAUGUUUCCCAAUGGGGUUAGUGCAUACGUUUACCUGAUGCAGAACCUAAUUCCUGGAAUGAAGGAUGGAACUGUUCGAACAGCAAUUGAUACUGGUUGUGGGGUUGCAAGCUGGGGAGGUGAUUUGUUGGACCGUGGUCUUCUAACUGUUUCUCUUGCACCUAGAGAUAACCAUGAAGCUCAAGUGCAGUUUGCACUCGAACGGGGAAUUCCAGCGAUUUUAGGAAUCAUUUCUACUCAGCGUCUUCCUUUUCCAUCUAAUUCAUUUGACAUGGCCCACUGCUCUAGAUGUCUGAUUCCAUGGACAGAAUUCGAUGGCAUAUACCUUCUAGAAAUACACCGAAUUCUCCGACCUGGUGGCUUCUGGGUGCUCUCUGGACCACCCAUAAACUAUGAAAACAGGUGGCGAGGAUGGAACACUACAAUAGAAGAACAAAAAGAAGAGUUUGACAAAUUGAAGAAAUUGCUAACAAGCAUGUGUUUCAAACUAUACAAUAAGAAGGAUGAUAUUGCUGUCUGGCAGAAGUCUACUGAUAACAGUUGUUAUGAUAAGCUCACAGUAUCUUCUUAUCCACCAAAAUGUGACGACAAUGUGGAUCCAGAUUCAGCAUGGUACACUCCACUCCGUGCAUGUUUGACAAUUCCAAGCCAAAAUUACAAGAAAUUGGGGCUGACAACUACACCAAAAUGGCCAAGUCGCUUGAAUGUAGCUCCAGAGCGAACUUCUAUGGUCCCCAGUGGGGGUUCUGGAGGGUUCAAGCAUGAUGACACUCAAUGGAAAAUCAGGGUAAAGCACUAUAAGACAUUGCUCCCUGCUCUUGGAAGUGACAAAAUUCGCAAUGUUAUGGAUAUGAACACGGUCUAUGGGGGGUUUGCAGCAGCACUUAUUACUUCACCCCUGUGGGUUAUGAACGUCGUCUCUUCUUAUGGCCCAAACUCUCUCGGUGUGGUUUAUGACAGGGGACUAAUUGGUGUCUAUCAUGAUUGGUGUGAGCCAUUCUCAACCUAUCCACGAACAUAUGACCUCUUGCAUCUUGAUGGUCUAUUUACUGCUGAAAGCCACAGAUGUGAGAUGAAAUAUGUGCUGCUUGAGAUGGACCGUAUCCUGCGUCCUGGUGGACAUACGAUAAUACGUGAAUCAACUUAUUUUCUAGAUUCCAUAGCUACCAUUUCCAAAGGAAUGAGAUGGGACUGUAAGAAACACAGCACAGAAUACAACCUAGAGAAGGAGAAAUUGUUGAUAUGCCAAAAGAAACUGUGGUAUGCAAAGCAGACUCAGCAAUGAGAAAGGAAGUUCUGUAGUGUUGGUAAAUCCCUAAAUUGAAUUCAUUUGCAUUUCGGUUUAAUGAAGAAUUCACAUCAUUCCUGGACAGUUGGGUUACCCUGUAACUUACCGUCAAUGGAUCUAUACUCUCUAACGCAAAGCUGAGAGAGUUGUUCUAAAUGGCCUAAGCAUUCGAGGUCUUCUCGCUUUUUUUUUUUUUUGCCAACACAACUAGCAACAACAGCUAAAAAAAAUUGGUUAUUGUAUUUUCUGUAUUUUGGACAGGUUAUAUGAGAAUUUUCAUUUGUGGAAAUAUAAUGGAAACUGUAUUAUUGUUA